UAUGAAAAGGAUUAGAUGGAAAUAUUAUACACUUUGCGCAGAACAUUUACACUUUUCUUAGUUAAAGCAAAGAUAGUUUGUAAUUAUGAUUUUUUCUACACGGUAUUUCUGGACAGCAGCUGUAUUCAUAUCAGUCUUAUUACUGCUUGUCAGUAUAUACUCGUCUUACAAACAGGGAAAACACGAAAAGAGAUAUUUCUACCUGCAAACAACGAUAGCAGAUUACUGCACAUUUUGAUAAAACAAAGAAACGAACUUUCAACGCUGUUGAAUUCUGAAAGGAAAAGAAUUGGUCAAUUAGAAUGCGAGUCCAAGAAAGAUGCGAAGGAGGAAACUACCAAUACGGGCGGUUGGUGUCCGAAAGCAACAAAAGCAGAACACGUCACCGAUGAAGGACUUGUAACGGCGUUAAUCCUUUUCUUUAAAGAUAAACACAUAGGAAGUUUUGGAGAUGGUCCUGGUGUUUACAAACAACGUAUUUUAAAUUCCGGGAAAGUUAAGAGUUUUGAUGCAUAUGACGGUGCACCGUAUUGCGAAAUAACAAGUGACGGUCGGGUUACAUUUCUUGAUCUUUCAAUUCCACAAUAUGGAAUUUCAGCCUACGACCGGAUUUUGAGUCUACAAGUUGCUCAACACAUUCCACAGGAGUACGAAAGUAUUUUUAUAAACAACAUUAUUAACCAUGCCCGGGAAGGAGUAGUUCUAAGUUGGGCAACACCUGGACAAACAGGAUAUUCCCAUGUUAACAACAGACCAUUUGAGUAUGUUCGUUAUUUGAUGAAUUCACGAGGAUUUUUCCAUGACAGUGAAUAUUCGGAAAUACUGAAACGAAGUGCAAAUGGUCCAAAUCUGAAAAGAAAUGUAAAUGUGUUCCGUCGGAAUGAGACUUCAAAGGAGUGCAAGAUACAUUUGGCUUAAUGUCAUGCGACGUGUAGAAAUUCUUAGUCUUUGAUUUAUCAUUUCAGUACAUUCAAACUGUUUUCUUGCAGGUCAUAUUAAGUCGACAUAGAGUGUUCGCCCGAUAUUUUUUCGGGGCAUGAACUGCAGACCUUGCGCUUUUAAGCCUUCUAGAAAAAAAUAUAUAUCUAUCAGUGAUAAAGGAUUCAUGUAAGCAACACAAACUACUUUUUUGUUGUUUGUUGGACUACAUUUCAAUUGUCUACCCUUUUUGAAUAAUUGGCGAAACAAGUGUAACUGAAUAUAUGUAUAUAAAGCUAA